AAAUCCUUUGUUAUUUUUGAAGGGGUGUUUAUCAUUUUUCGCCCUAAAUUAGAAUUGCAAUGGCGAGGGCAGCUAUGCUUCAUCUCGUUCGAUCUCAAUCCAGAGCCUUCCGUUCAGGUGAUCGUGUUGCUAAGGUCCUGCCCUGGUCUCGUGCAUCCGGUGCCAAAUUUGAUUUUAGUCCUACCACUCGUUAUACUUCUGCCCAUGUACGCUGGGCAUCUCAAGCUGCAGUAGCAGAAGAUGAAAGUAAGAUUAGUAUUGGACCUCGCAAAGGAAGAGAAGAUGAAAGUAAGAUUAGUAUUGGACCUCAUAAAGGAAGAGAAGAUGGAAAUGAAGAAAAGGGGAGGGAGGUUGUUUACAACGGUCCUAUAUCAGGUACUAUCAAGAAAGUGAAGCUUCUCUCGCUUUCCACGUGCUGCCUCUCUGUUUCAUUAGGUCCUGUGAUCACUUUCAUGACAUCACAGGACAUGAAUGUCAUCCUUAAGUACGCAGUGGCUUCUACUGUUGUAAUUUUAAGUGCUUCCACAACUGCUGCCCUUCAUUGGUUCGUGAGUCCUUACAUUCACACACUCAGAUGGCAGCCUGGCUCUGACACCUUUGAGGUCGAAAUGAUGUCCUGGUUGGCGAGAUUUGUCCCGAAAACCAUCAAGUUUGAAGAUAUCAGACCUCCACAGACCCAGAGGCCUUUCGUGUCUUUCAAGGCGAAUGGCAACUUCUAUUUUGUCGACACUGAGCACUGCCACAACAAGGCGUUGUUGGCAAAACUAACCCCUCCGAAACAAUAGUCCAUUGCCACGCUCCAUGGUCAAAGUUUUCCUCGCUUCUGUAGGUAUGGUGAUAUACUUACGUUGUUUACCGGGUAAGCUUUUUUUUGUGAAAUAAGUAUACCCAUUAGGUUCACAUAUGCUUGAAUUACAGAAUAAUAUUGAACACAUUUUGUCUACAAUAGUGAGUUUAACUUCCCUUUUCUUGAGAAUAUCUACAUUUUAUGAAAUUGUGGCUUCUUUAUCUUA